AUGACUUCUGCAAGUUUCUCCAGGAUGACAUCCACUUCCUACUUCUACAUAUGGCACUGUAUGUGCAUAUGCUUAGGUUUGGCCUGUGUGGUGACUGUAUCAUUGUGGAGCAGCCAGUGGCGUGGUGGUUUCGCCUGGGACGGUUCUUCCCUUCAGUUCAACUGGCACCCAGUCCUGAUGGUAACUGGUAUGCUGGUCCUCUAUGGCAAUGGAGCUGUGUUGUACCGGGUCCCCCUGACUUGGGGACAGAAUAAACUUCCUUGGAAGCUGCUGCAUGCAGUGGUUAUGCUCAUUUCACUGAUACUUUCGGUGAUUGGACUUUGUGCUGUUUUUGGCAAUCACAAUGCAGCGAACAUCCCAAAUUUAUACUCACUGCAUAGCUGGAUUGGAAUCGCAACUGUAGCUCUCUUUGCAACACAGUGGGCUGCAGGGAUGGUAGUCUUCCUCCUUCCCUGUUCCCCUGGUCCAUUGCGCAAGCUCCUGAAACCCCAACAUGUCUGGUUUGGAGGGAGUUUACUGACACUUAGCAUUGCAGCCUGUAUCUCCGGCAUUAACGAAAAACUUUUCUUUGUUCUGAAAGGAAAUGUCAAUGGGUCUAAGCCAUAUUCUCAACUUCCUGCUGAGGCCUUGUUGGGAAAUUCAUUAGGAGUCUUAAUUAUAGCUUUCGGCUUAGUUGUCAUCAAGAUUCUGACUAAUCAUGAGUGGCAGCGGCCAGAAAAUCCAUCUGUAGAUAUGUCCUACACGCCAUUGCUUCAAGAAGAAAAUCAAUGA